GAUUUUGUAGAGAAUAAGCAGAAGAAUUACAAACAUUUAUAGGGGAGGAGUAUCUCGGGCAUCCUGCGAUCGCACUGAGCAGCGGGAAGGAUUUAGCGUUAUAGUCGGAUGACUGCAUUCUCAGCUGCUGUCUCUUUAGGUAUCAGACACACCCGGGUAAGCACGGAUUAGCUGGGGCUCUACAGGCUGCCAUUGUAAAGUGAUCGCAGCAGUCCCUGACUAGGAGAGAUGAAGCCGUGUGAAGCAGCGGGGAGAUACAGAGGGGAUGAGCAGCGUCUCCCUGAGCCGGAGGAAGCUGUACACGGCGCCGGAGAGGCUGCUAGUUGUACCGGAGACCCAUGGAAGGAAUGCAUGGAUACGGCUGUACAGCUGGCUCUCAGGUCUGGACAGGUGGUCAGGAAAGCACUAACUGAAGAAAAGCAGGUGUCCACCAAAACGUCUGUUGUCGAUCUUGUCACAGAGACAGAUAAUUUUGUUGAGGAGCUAAUUAUUUCAGCACUGCGAGAAAAAUAUCCCACUCACAGAUUUAUAGGAGAAGAAUCUACCUCUGCGGGCUCUAAAUGUGUCUUGACAGACAGCCCAACCUGGAUAAUUGAUCCAAUAGAUGGAACCUGCAAUUUUGUGCACAGGUUUCCUCCAGUGGCAGUCAGCAUUGGAUUUGCUGUCAAUCGAGAGAUAUUAGAAGAGCUUUAGUUUUAACAGAAAUUGGUCCAAAGCGUGAUCCAGCUACGUUGAAAUUGUUCCUGGGUAACAUGGAAAAGCUUCUGAAAUUCCAAGCUCAUGGGAUUCGUGUGAUUGGGAGUUCAACCUUGGCUCUCUGCCAUCUAGCGUCAGGGGCUGCAGAUGCAUAUUACCAGUAUGGGCUUCACUGCUGGGACUUGGCUGCAGCAACAGUAAUAAUCAGAGAAGCUGGUGGUGUUGUCAUAGAUACAUCAGGGAAACCUCUGGAUCUCAUGUCUUGCAGAGUUGUAGCAGCUGGUACCAUGGAGCUGGCACAAAGCAUAGCUCGCGAGUUGCAGACGAUAGACUAUGGAAGGGAUGACGAAAAUUGAAAGUAUUGAUGUGUACUGAAAUCUGACGUUUUGUACUUCAGGCAGUCAGUGACGGAAGAAGACAUUUUUUUUUUUUUAUUUGCUUUUGGUGUUUUCAGGCUUCUGAUUAGAACGUUUUUUUCUAUUUUGUGUUUUUUGUGUUUGUUUUUUUUGUAUUUUGGCGUUUUUUGUUUUUAUUUUUUAAAUUGGAUGUACUUCAGCAAUAUUUUUUAUUGUUUCUGUUGACUAAUAGUUGCACUGAAAAUGGAUAUUUUACAACUGUCCUUGGGGCUGCAACCCAAAAUCUUGUGUGUAAUAUGCAACUAAAAUUAAAAUUUAUUUUUUCAGGAUUAAAA